AUGUACCAGGGCAUAAUGACUACAAACCACGGACCCCCUUCCUACGAGGCCGGAUUUCUCCACAACGCCUCGGCGGGCACGUCCCCGGUGUACGUGCCCACCACCCGGGUGGUGACCCCCAUGAUCCCGGCGCUGCCGUACCUCCAGACGCCCGGCGCGUCGCAGCAGGGCAGCCCGGUGUCGAGCCACUCCGCCUGGGCGCAGCCGGGCGCCGACCCGGUGUCCUCGUACAACCACUCCCCGGUGUCUCCGCGCUUCAGCUUCUCCACCAGCCCGCCGCUGUCCUCCGGGGCGGCGGCGGCAGCGGCGGCGGCGGCGGCGGCCCGGGAGCCGGCGGUGUCCUACAACAUCUCCGCCAACGGGAGGGAGCACUACGGCGCCCGGGGCCUCGGCGGCUCGUAUCACAGCCCCUACCCGGCCUACAUGAACCCCAACGUGGGGGGGUCGUGGCCGGCCUCGCCGUUCGACAGCCCGGUGCUCCACGGGAUCCAGACCGGCGCUCCUCCCGGGACCACGCGGCAUCCCAACAUAGAUUUGUUUGAUGACUUUGCUGAGGGACGGGAAUGUGUAAACUGUGGUGCUAUGUCGACCCCGCUGUGGAGGCGGGACGGCACGGGCCACUACCUGUGCAACGCCUGUGGACUGUACCACAAGAUGAACGGCAUCAACCGUCCCCUCAUCAAACCCCAGAGGCGGCUGUCCGCCUCGAGGAGAGUGGGCCUGUCCUGCACCAACUGUCACACCACCACCACCACCCUGUGGCGACGAAACGCAGAGGGAGAGCCCGUCUGCAACGCCUGUGGCCUUUACAUGAAACUCCACGGGGUCCCCCGACCUUUGGCCAUGAAGAAAGAGGGGAUUCAAACUCGCAAACGCAAACCCAAGAACCUCAACAAGUCUCAAGCUGGAACCCCAGGCGGUGAGGGGACUCCAGUUACACCGAGCAGCACUCCCCGCUCCUCCACGAACACAGAGGAGACGCGCCAGAUAAAGACAGAGCCAGAAAACCACAGCUUGUACUCGCAGCACAGCACACACACACAGAUUUCAGCCCUACCGGCCUACAUGACAGCUCAGGGAGGCGCUAUUCCUUUGAAGAUGUCCCCCGGAGGACACAGCGGGUCCUCCAGCUCCAAAACUGAGCCCUGGAACAACCUAAUCCUGGCUUAGAAGAAGACUGAACGCCCAACAUCUACCUACCUAUCAACAGUAAACCAAUCAAAGGCUGCCGAGGAGCCGCGAGCGUCCGCAGCAGGCCGCAGCUCUUGCUGCAGGUGAUGCCACCGUUUUCAACACACUGUGCCUUCCAGUCCGGGACCCACAGGUGGGAGUCAGCCGCAAAGGGUCACCGGAGACCGUCAGCUGUACUGCACACAAACUGUACA